AUGAACUUCUUAUUCAUUGCCCUACUUGCCAUAGAAUGCACUGCUCAGGCAGCAGUUUACCAAGUGCCAUUAGUAAAAAUAGAACCCAAAAUGGUACAAAUGCUUCGCGCUGGAACGUGGGCAGCAUAUGUGAAGGAGAGGAAUGCAGCACGUGCUAUGCCAAAAGCUCUUGCAGCACAAGACGGGUAUUCACAAGAUCUGUAUGACUACCACGAUAUGGAAUAUAUCGGCAACAUUACUGUCGGUACGCCAGCACAAUCCUUCCGGGUAGGGUUUGAUACCGCCACAUCUGACACAUGGAUUAUUGACUACACAUGUUCAGCAAAUAAACCGUUGAUCUGCGACGAGUCUAGAUGUGAUCAAGGAUACCAGAUGGAGUUUCUAAGCGAAACUGGAUUUCCUCUUAUAUUUGUGCAAAAACACAUUUUUCAGUAUUAUCGUAGUGGCGCUAAUGCAAAAGGUAUUGUUGGCAGAGAUACAGUAGGAUUGGGUGAUUCCAAUACAAACCGACUUGAAGUUCCUGGAACUUUGAUUGGGCAAGCAAAUGAAAUCGAUGACUACUUUGCAGAUCAUCCAGUGGACGGUAUGGUUGGACUGGCAUUUUCAGCGCUGUCCUACAAUAAGCUUGACUCUGUUAUCGAAAAAGCCGCUCAGCUCCAAUUAAUCGAACCAAUGUUUACAGUCUACUUGGAACGAGCAGGAGCAGAUGCCAAAAACGUCUUUGGGGGAGUAAUCACAUAUGGCGGAUUGGACGAGCAGCACUGCUUCGAACAUGUUGCUUACACGAAAAUAACGAUAGCAACAUUUUGGAAAUUUAUGGUGGACAGAUUCAGUUUUGGUAGCUACGAGUACCAAUAUGGUACAGAUGCAAUAUCCGACACAACAUCAUCAUUCAUUGGAUUUACAUCAUCUAGCAUGCUGGAAGCUGUCGUAAAUCACGCUAAUGCUACGGUCGGCAAAUUCGAAAAUGUUACAGCACCAGUAAGCUAA